AUGUCAGCUUUUCAGACCGACUCCCUCAACCCCUCAGCUCUCCCCUCCUCCACCCUGGGCCGACGCCGACCCCCUGCUGCCUCUACCUCAGCCUUCGACCCAGAUCCGUCCGGGACAGCUGGGCCGUCUUCCGGUUCAGACGCGGCGGCACGAGCGCGUUUUCAUGAAGAGUGGAAUGUCAGGAUAGACAAAGAAGUGAAGGCGCUCGCAGGGGGUAUGAGAGAGAUAGUGGACCUGGCAGAUAUAGGCUCGAAUCCCUCCGCCCACUCCUCAGCUCCCACAUCACUACAUCUUCGAAUACGUACAGCCCAGCUCAUCCGCUCGGCCCAAUCACUGCGCGACAUGUCGCACGAACUGCGGCUGAUGUUGCUCUUGUCGGACGAGGUGGAUAUGGCGAGGCGAAGAGACAACGAGGUGGAGCUAGUGAAGGAGGAGCUGGGGAUGAGGCGAGGGAGGGUGGAGAAAGAGAUGAGGGAACUCAUGGGAGGGCGGGCCGGAGUGAAUGUAGACGUUGGGCGGGAAGGAAGGCGAGAGGGGGGAGUGGGGGAGAGGGUCAUAUCAGCGAAUGCUCCAGAUCCCGACCUGGCGGGGGAGGAGGCAGGCGAGGACACAGCGGAUGGUGGAGGUACUGUCACAGGAGAGACGAAGGUGGAUGGGCCAAUAGAGGAUGACGAAGAUGAUGACGAUUUCGAGGAAGUAUAG